CGUUAUAAAAUAAGCAUGCGCGCGCACACAAAGUUCCAAGAAACAGAAACAGUAGUGCGACACAAUCAACUUUUAUCUCGGGAGUUUACAGCUCGCUUUCUGGAGUUCGCUUGCUUCGUUACCUUGAAAAGCUUGUCAAGUUCAUUCAGGAUUACAGCAAAGCUUAUUGGCCAUAAAACAGAGUCAAGACUCAAAAAGAAGCCCUGCAGAUCAAUAAUCCAGAUGGCUGCACGUAAGAUGUUGAUGCUUUUGGCCCUCACCAUGCUCAUCGCCUCAUCGAGUGCUGGACCCCUGGCUUAUGGUAUCUGUCAGACAGGCUGCAAUGCAGUGUGGGUUACCUGUGUUGCGGCAGCCGGAGGCGUGGCAGGCGUCAGUACGGGAGGGGCUGGAGUACCCGCCGCCGUCCUAGCAUGCAAUGCGGCCCAAGGAGUGUGUAUGGCUGCCUGUGUUGCCGCUGGUUUGUCGCCAACUUUGUAGAUGAGCACCACUAAAACAGAUUUCAACAAAUCUAGACUAGACAGACGCUCAAAGCAUUUGAAAAUGUGUUAGUGAAAUGAUUGUAAGUAGUAAUUAAUGCUAGUGAUCGCUUUGUAAAAGUAUGAUUGCAAAUGGAAGUACAGUAAACGUUUAAGUGGAAUCACA